AUGCAAGCCAGACCACCAUCUUCCGGUCCAGGUCCUUCCAUCGAAUACCAUCCACCUCUACCUCCCUCUAUACCUCUAUCAGCCAUCAACACUCUCAUCCCUCGUCUGACAACGACCAUCAACGAUAUUGACUCUUUGAGGAACCUGAUCGCGUCGGGAUUCAAUGAUGGAACACUACCUACCUGGGAUACACUUCUCCAACGUUAUUCUUUAUUGCUAGGUCGUAUAAACGCUUUGACAAAUUAUCUUUACCCACCUAAUCACCCUAGCAAACCUUCCACUUCUACCGCACCACUAGCAGGAUACCUGAUCCAUCCUUUAAAUCCCAUCCCACCCCCUGGACCAGGGGCGAAUAAUGACAUAUCGCCAUUAGCUCAAGAAACAUUCUUGCAAGUUAUAAACACCCAACUUCUACCUUCUGAUAUCGUCUCAAAUGAGAAGCAGACUCAGCGUGCGCCUCAGUCUCAAUCCAAUUGGCAUUCGAUAGAAGAACUUAGGAGGUUAGACGAAAGAUCUCUGGAAUUAUUGAAAAGACAGCUGAGAGAAAGGUUGAACAGGGAGAAUCUGAAAAUUGACGUGAUAAAGAGAGAAAUAGAGAGGAGGGAGGAAGAAGUAGAUUGGGCGAUGAGGAUAGGUGAGGACGACGAAGAGGAAGAAGAGGAGAAGGAGAAGGAAGAUGGAGAAGGAGAAGGAGAAGAGGAGGAUGAUCUGUUUGGAGGUGAUGAUGACGAUGCUACGGACGAGCCGAUGGUCAUUGAUGUGGACGCUCAUGCGGAGAAAUCGAAUGUGCCACAGCCAGAGGAGGAUAAGGGCCAAGGAGAAGGAGAGGGAAGUUGGAAAGUAGAAGAUUAUUUGAAGUUCAUGGAUACUGGGAAAUUGCCUUCGUCAACAGAUCAGUGA